UAAUGUAGCCUAUGUAAUAGAAAUGUCCUAAUAAUAGAAUGUUCUCUGAAGGUGAGGUGUUUUGUCUGUUGUUGGUCGCGAUCAUGUGGGGAGGCACAAACCCUUUCCUGAAAAAAGGCACCGAGGGCAUUGAAGGGGUUCAGAAGGACAAUAAAUUCCUCCAGUUUCUGGCUGAGAUAAAAUUUCUGUUUCUCAAUAUCAAGUAUUUGGUCCCAUUCCUGUUGAACCAAAGUGGAUCAUUUGUGUUCUACUUCACUCUUGCUUCUACAGAUCUGUCUCUGGCUGUUCCCAUGGUGAACUCCCUCACAUUUCUGUUCACGUUACUAAUGGGUAAAUUGCUUGGAGAAGAGGUUGAAGGAAAGAGAGCUGUGCUGGGUAUGUUGCUCAUCAUGUCUGGAGUGACAGCGUGCGUGCUGAGUUCAGUCUCUGAGAUGGACAGCGCAGGAGCCCGCAACACAAGUGACCACUACAUUCCACUGGACUAGGAGGAG